GCUACCGCUGGCCACCCAAGCUAAAUCAAGAUGGCGGCGUUUUCUUGAAAAAACUUCACAAAUUGCUCUGAUUUCUACACGUUUCAUAUAAUCUGGACCUACAAAGCUGUUAUCUGGCACUUAAGUAAGUGUUGUCGCGAAAAAUUGAAAAGCUUUUAGUGCACAAUGCAUCUCUACGCACUGACGUUACAACGGGCCUCUGCCAUCAACAACACCAUUCAUGGCAACUUUUCAGGCACCAAGCAGCAGGAGAUUGUGGUGUCUCGCGGGAAGUUCAUUGAGCUCCUGAGGACAGAUCCUAACACAGGGAAGGUGUUCCCGGUGCUUGCCAUUGAGAUGUUCGGCAUUGUGCGGGAUCUUAUCGCUUUUAGACUGACUGGAGGAUCAAAAGAUUUUAUUGUGGUUGGCAGUGACUCUGGGCGAAUUGUUAUCCUAGAGUACAUUCCUUCCAAAAAUGUUUUUGAAAAGGUUCACCAGGAGACUUUUGGCAAGAGUGGAUGCCGCCGUAUUGUACCUGGGCAGUAUUUAGCAGCAGACCCUAAAGGGCGUGCCAUUAUGAUUGGUGCAAUAGAGAAACAGAAGCUUGUGUACAUAAUGAACAGAGACAGUGCCGCACGCUUGACCAUCUCUUCCCCCCUUGAGGCGCACAAGUCUCAUACCCUUGUGUACCACAUGGUGGGGGUGGACGCUGGGUUUGAGAACCCCAUGUUUGCCUGCUUGGAGAUGGAUUAUGAGGAAGCUGAUACCGAUCAUACAGGAGAAGCUGCUCAGACAACACAACAGACUCUAACAUUCUAUGAACUUGACCUUGGCCUUAACCAUGUGGUCCGAAAGUACAGCGAGCCCCUAGAGGAGCAUGGAAACCUUCUGAUUGCUGUGCCUGGAGGAAGUGACGGUCCGAGUGGUGUUCUAGUCUGCUCAGAGAAUUAUCUUACUUACAAAAACUUUGGCGAUCAGCCUGAUAUCAGAAUGCCCAUCCCCAGGAGAAAGUAUGAUUUGGAUGACCCGGAAAGAGGGAUGCUUUUUAUAUGUUCAGCCACACACAAGACAAAGUCCAUGUUCUUCUUCCUGGUGCAAACGGAGCAGGGCGACAUCUUCAAGAUAACCCUUGAGACUGAUGAAGACAUGGUUACAGAAAUCCGCAUGAAGUAUUUUGAUACCGUCCCCCCAGCUGUCAGUAUGUGUGUCCUCAAGACUGGCUUCCUCUUCACGGCAUCAGAGUUCGGCAAUCACUACCUGUAUCAGAUUGCCCAUCUCGGAGAUGACGACGAUGAGCUGGAGUUUUCAAGCACGAUGGAGUUGGAAGAGGGGACAACCUUCUUCUUCCAGCCACGUGGACUCAAGAACUUGGUGUUGGUGGAUGAGCUGGAAAGCCUUGCCCCAAUAAUGAACUGCCAGAUUGCAGAUCUUGCCAAUGAAGACACCCCCCAACUGUUUGCCGCAUGUGGGCGGGGUUCGCGGUCCUCUCUCAGAGUACUAAGGCAUGGCUUGGAGGUAUCUGAGAUGGCGGUGUCUGAACUGCCAGGUAACCCUAAUGCUGUCUGGACGGUCAAGCACACCACAGCAGACGAGUUUGAUGCAUACAUUGUGGUGUCCUUCAUUAACGCCACCCUUGUGCUCUCUAUCGGUGAGACUGUCGAAGAAGUGACAGACAGUGGAUUUCUAGGGACCACACCUACACUGUCAUGUUCACAGCUCGGAGAAGAAGCCCUUGUGCAGAUAUACCCCGAUGGUAUCCGACACAUCCGUGCAGACAAGCGUGUGAAUGAAUGGAAAGCCCCAGGCAAAAAGACCAUUGUCAAGUCUGCUGUCAAUGAGCGACAGGUCGUCAUUGCUCUCACAGGUGGUGAGGUGGUUUACUUUGAGAUGGACUCUUCAGGCCAGCUCAAUGAGUAUACAGAGCGCAAGGAGAUGUCUGCCGAUGUGCAGUGUAUGGCCCUAGGUACCAUCUUGCAUGGGGAGUUACGGUCACGCUUCCUGGCCAUUGGUCUUAGUGACAACACCGUCAGGAUUAUAUCACUCGAUCCACAGGACUGUCUGACGCCACUGAGUAUGCAGGCUCUCCCGGCCAUGCCUGAGUCUCUUUGUAUUGUGGAGAUGGGUGGCAAAGAGGGCGCAGAGUCAGAGGGGGGCAGCAUGGGGGGACUGUUCCUCAACAUCGGCCUCUCUAAUGGUGUGUUGCUGAGAACUGUCCUGGACACGGUCACAGGAGAUUUGUCUGACACUAGAACCAGAUACCUUGGUUCCAAAGCAGUGAAAUUGUUCAAGGUCAAAAUGCAUGGAUCUGAUGCUGUACUGGCCAUGUCUAGUCGUUCCUGGCUAAGUUACACCCAUCAGAGUCGCGUCCACCUCACGCCUCUCUCGUACGAGACCCUGGAGUAUGCCUCUGGGUUCUCCUCUGAGCAAUGCCCCGAAGGCAUUGUCGCGAUCGCUGGGAACACCCUAAGGAUUUUGGCACUGGAGAAACUUGGUGCUGUGUUUAACCAAGUCGCUACACCUCUCAAGUAUACCCCACGAAAGUUUGUCAUCCACAGUCCUACAAAUACUCUGGUUGUCAUAGAAACAGACCACAACACAUACACAGAUGCUGCACGUGAGGAGAGAAAGCAACAAAUGGCAGAGGAAAUGGUUGAGAUGGCUAGUGAGGAAGAAAAGGAGCUUGCGGCUCAAGCGGCCGCAGAGUUUCUGAGUGAAGAGUUGUCUGAGCAGCAGUUUGGCUCGCCUAAAGCUGGCACAGGCAUGUGGGCGUCGGUCAUCCGCGUCUUGGACCCUAUUAAGGGAGAGACGCAUGACGUUGUCCAGCUUGACCAGAAUGAGGCAGCAUUCAGUGUUUGUGUGUGUUCGUUUUCCGCGCGUCCGGAUGACACCUUUGUGAUCGUGGGCACGGCCAAGGACAUGGCCUUGAGCCCUCGCUCCUGCUCCACUGGCUAUUUGUACGCUUAUCGACUCGUGCAGCAGCCCAGCGGUGGCAUCAAGCUCGAGUUUCAGCACAAGACGGAGGUAGACGACGUCCCCGCGGCGCUGGAACCUUUCCAGGGUCGCCUGCUGGCCGGAAUAGGCAGGUUGCUGAGGGUCUACGACAUCGGCAAAAAGAAGAUGCUCAGGAAAUGCGAAAACAAGAAACUCCCGAACUUUAUCUGCAAUAUCAACAGCAUGGGAACACGUAUUGUUGUAUCCGACAUCCAGGAGUCGUUCCACUUUGUUAAAUACAAACCACGUGACAACCAGCUUGUCGUCUUUGCUGAUGACGUCAACCCCAGAUGGUUGACAUGCUGUUGUUACUUGGACUACGACACACUCGCGGGGGCCGACAAGUUUGGAAACAUCUUCACAGUCCGUCUGCCCUCCGGCUCAAGUGAUGACGUAGAUGAGGACCCGACGGGCACCAAAGCAUUCUGGGAUCGCGGGCUGCUCAACGGAGCACAGCAAAAGCUUGAGACCAUGUGUAACUACUUCGUUGGCGAGACGGUCCUCUCCCUUCAAAAGGCUACCCUGAUUCCAGGGGGGUCUGAGUCGCUUGUCUUCACCACCCUGUCAGGGGGGGUGGGAAUGCUUGUACCUUUCACAUCACGAGAGGACAUAGACUUCUUCCAGCAUCUUGAAAUGCACCUGAGGUCGGAACAGCCUUCCCUAGUGGGCAGGGACCAUCUGUCAUUUAGAUCCUACUACUUCCCAGUCAAGAGUGUCGUAGAUGGAGAUCUAUGUGAACAUUACAACUCUCUUGACUACUCCAAGCGCCGAACUAUUGCUGAAGAGCUAGACCGUACACCAGCCGAGGUUUCCAAGAAACUCGAAGACAUCAGGACCCGCUACGCGUUCUAAUCCCCUUUCUGUCAAUCAUGUUGAUUGGCAGCUGAAACUCCUCUACGUUAGCGCCUGAUCGACGCCAAAUUGCACAUACCCUACAGAGUCAAAUGGCGGAGGCUGUUUCCUUUACCACAUCCUGUCGGUGGUCUCAUUUUAUACAUCGUCGUCGUUACCCUUCAAAGAAUCGACUGUCGCCAUUUAAUAAACAUAGAUAAAUGGACCAGUCGGUACCGGUGUAACUGGUCUACUCCCCCUCCCCGAUACACCUCCCCCCGCCCCGCCCGUCCGCCCCGGCACACCGUGAAGGACACACCAAACAAAGGGGACAACUCUUCCGCCGUGUGGCAGGCGGUGUUCUUAUUACCAGCGCCAAACUUUUGUAUUAUAAACCUUAUUCGUAACUCGCGUAAUAAACAGUGCUUUUAGUAAA